UUAAGUAGACUUACAAAUAAAAAUGUCAUUUGAUGUAUCUUGGAGCAUAGAUAAAUAUAAAGAAGACCACGAAAGCGAUGAUCAUUGGAACCUAAGGAAAGCUUUUAUGGAGCGUUGGAAACAUGAUUAUCCUGAAGAGAGAUUGGUUUGUUUAAGUCGAGUGUUUGCUAACAUGGAAUUUAUGGGAUGUAGAUAUCCAGCAGAAGUAAUGCUAGAAGUUUCUAGACUAGCGAAAGAUGUUGCUACCAACUAUCGGAAAUCGAGACAAAAUAAGUUACAAAGAACAUUUGUAUCAGCUUCUACCGCUGCUGAAGACCGAGCUAAAGGUGUUAAACGUAAAGGAGGAGUAAUAGACGAUUGUCCAUCAACGAAAUCUAAGAAAAUAAAUUUUGUACCUCAAGGACAUAGUAAAUUUAAAGAGAGUGAUUCAGAGGAUGAAGUCCAGACAGUUAAGGAACUUGAUGAUGAUAAAAACAAACUUCAAAAUGAUAAGAAAAGCUCAGAGAUCACUGAUUCCCAUGACUAUUUUGAGGAAAUGGCCAGUAUACAGUGCUUAGAUGUUACAAAAUUCCAUGAAGGAAUGUUUUAUACUGAUUUUGGUAGAAUGAUAUUGCUAAUUAGACCUUGGACAAGUAAAUUAUCUAAUAUACAAGCUAGCUGCAGUGUGUGUCAUAUACCAGUGGUAAGCAAGUAUGAGAAUAAUUGCUUCACAUUGACAAUGGAUGGUAAACUUGUGGCACAAGCUACUGGUCCCACUAAAGCUGAGGCCAGAACUAUUGUGGCAAUGAUGGCAUGGAAUAGGUUACGGGAAGGUGCUGUAAGUGUUCUGGUGAAAGAGCAGUGGAUAGCGCACGGGGAGCGGGUGUCGGUGAGUGACGUGGGGGGUCGGCAGGCAAGUGAGGCCGUCUUCGGCACGCCUAUCGCAAAUAGCGUCGCUACUAAGAUGAUGAAACUCAUGGGUUGGAAGGGCGGCGGACUGGGAACCGAUGCCCAGGGUAUUGAAGAACCAAUUAAACCCAACUUACAAAUGGUGAACCGUGCAGGUCUAGGCAGCGAUACGUCUGACGUGCGACAGCUAAGGCGAGCGGCACACGAUCUGAUGCGGCGCUAUAUCGCGUCUGACACCUUCGACUUGGACCUGGUGUUCAGCAGCGACUUUAGUAAGGAGGAGCGCGCGGUGCUGCAUCAGUGCGCGCAGAAAUCCGGCCUCGCGUCAAAGAGUUAUGGACACGAUAAAGAUAAUGAUAGAUUCCUGGUCGUACGGAAGAAGUUGGACCCGUUUUCUUUAGUGCGUGCAGUUGUUCAAAAAGGCGGCGUCACACCGAAAUAUCAAGUUUUUAUACCUAUCGGUCUCGAUAGACGGAGAAAAAGAUAAAAUAUCAAUACACUAAAUGUGUAAUAAAUAUUAAAAAGCAAUA